GCUAUAAAAUGGUAGUGUAGUAGCACAAAAUGAUCUUCGCCUCAAUGAGAGUGCGUUUUUUCUCAAAGGGAAGUGCAGCAUGGGAGGGCCUAUUCGCUACAUACAGAUACUUCUCUAAUGAAUUGCACAUGGGCAGAUGCCCAUGUUCCCUCUUCAUCAACAAUUCUGUUCCUUCCACAUUCUCCUUAGUAUUCUGUAACAGACCUAUAUAUAGGAAGGUAGACUGGGUUGAGAUCGGGUGAUAACUUCAAGUCACAACUCAAACAAGUUGGGUUUUUGUGUUAGAAAAGACUAUAGUACUAUAAACAACUCAUAUUACGGGUUUCUAAGUUAGAUCUAACUGCACGAGUUGAGGCCUGAGGGUCAUAUGGUUAUGAAUCAUUGAUAUUUAAUAGAGUUUGAAUUUUGAC